AUGAAAACAAAAAUAAGAAAAAAAGAAAAACAUACUGAUAAUGUAGAAUUUUCUUCUAAAAUUUUAGAUAAAAAUAAAAAAAUUGAAACAUUGCAAAUGAGGAACAUUAAUAUUGAAGUCAAUAAUUGUAAUGAAAAUAUAAGUGAAAAAAAUAUAACAUAUUUUAAUAAGGAUGUAAUUGUUAAUGGAAAUCCAAAAGAAAUAAAAAGACAAAAUAAAGAUAAUAGUAUAAAUCAUUUGGAAAAAAAGAAUAAUAAUAAAAGUAAUAUAGUAAAUAUAAAACCAUCUAUGAAUGAAAAAUUGAAAAAUGAAGAAUUAAGUAAUAUUAGAAGUAAUGAUGAAAUUAUUAAUAUAGAAAAUGAAUCCAUUAUUAUAAAUGAAAAAAUGAAACAUUCUUCAAAUUAUAUAAAUAACAUAGAAUCAGAAUUAAAACAAUAUGAAUGUUGUGAAAAAAUAAAUAAAAUUAAUAAUAAAAAACAUAAAUAUCAGGAAUUAAAUCCUUCUGAAAUAAAUAAAAUGAAUAUUUCGUCUAUUACGAAAAUAGAUAAAAUGGACUUAAAUACGAAAAGAAAGAAAUUAUCAGAAAUUAAUUUUGAUCAUAAUAAUGUUAAAGGCUUUCUAAACAAUCAAUUGUACAAUAUGAAAGAAGAAAAUUCUGAGAAUUAUUUGUUUUCUAUAAAUAACAUUUUAGAUAGUAAUAUUAAAGAUGAAAAUUUAAAAAAAAAAAGUAAAUCAGUUAAUAAAUAUUACAAUAAUAUUGCAUAUAAAAAUUAUUAUCAUAGUGAUAAUAAUAAUAACAGUAAUAAUAAUAAUAAUGAUAAUAAUAAUAAUAACAGUAAUAAUAAUAAUAAUAAUAAUAAUAAUAAUAAUAAUAAUAAUAAUAAUAAUAAUAAUAAUAAUAAUAAUAAUAGUAAUAAUAAUAAUAAUAACAAUAAUGAUAAUAAUAAUGAUGAUAAUAAUAAUAACAAUAAUGGUAAUAAAAAUAAUAAUAAUGAUGAUGAUGAUAAUGAUAAUAAUAAUGAUAAUAAUGAUAAUGAUAAUAAUGAUAAUGAUAAUAGAGAUGAUAACAAUAAUAAUAAUGAUAAUGAUAAUAGAGAUGAUAACAAUAAUAAUAAUGAUAAUGAUAAUAGAGAUGAUAACAAUAAUAAUAAUGAUAAUGGUAAUGAUAACAUUAUUAAUAGCGAAAAUAAAAAUGAUAUAAAUGAAAAUAAUUUCACUAAAAUUAGUAAUAAUGAAUUAAAUAAUAUAGUAAUAAAUGAAGAAGGAAAUUUUGCAGAAUAUAAAAAUGUUUCAUUAUUGGAAAUAAAAGAUUUAGAUAAUCCUAAAGAUAAUUUUAUUUUGAAUAAUUAUAAAAAGGAUUCAGAAAUUAAAUCAAAUAGUAAUUCAUUUGAAAAUAAUAUAAAUAAUAUAGAAGUAAAUUCAUAUAAAGAAUUAUAUAAAAUAAAGGAUUUAAAAGAAUGUUCAGAUAAAUUAGAAAGUGUAGAUAGAUUUUUAUACAACUCAGAAAUAGAUAAUAUCAUAAACAAUGUAAAAGAUAAAAUUACUUCAAAUAGCGAAAUGAAAAUCUUAAAAAAAAACAAUAAUAUUAGUAAUAAUAAAAAAGAAUAUUUAUCAAAUUACACUAAUUUAAACAAUUCUAAUGAUAAAGAAAAUGAAAAUAGAGAAUGUUCUUAUAAUUCAGAAAAUGAUAUUAAUAACUUACGAUUACAAAUAAAAAAAGAGUUUUAUAAUAAAUUAAGCAUCGCUUUAGAUGUUAAUAUGUGUUUUAAUACAGAUGAAAAAUAUUAUAUGAAGUUUUUAAAAAAUAAAAAAUUUCAAAAAUAUAUUUUAAAUACAUCUAAAUUUUUAAUAAUACUUGGAAAACAUUUACGUUUGUCUUUUUGUACAAUAUCAAUCGCUUUAUAUUAUAUGCAUAAAUAUUACCAAAAACAUUUAAAAAAAAAAAAAAACUCUAUAAUUUAUUUAAUUGCUGGUUCUUGUAUAUUUUUAGCAUGGAAAUUACGAGAAGAUUUUGAAGACAUAAAAAAAUCUAAAAAAUUAUAUGAUAUACCUAAAGUUAUAUUCAAAUUAUUAAAUUAUUUUUAUAAAAAAAAAAAACUAAAAAAAAAAAUCAAUCAAAUAGAAAUUGAUUUAAUAAAAUUUUAUAAAGUAAAUAACAAUAUUUUCCCAGAAGAUUCUUUCAAUUCUUAUAUAUAUAAUGUAAAAAAAGAAGAAAUUUAUGAAAAAAUUCAGGAAAAAGAAAAGGAAAAGGAAAAGGAAAAGGAAAAGGAAAAGGAAAAGGAUAAUAAUAGAGAAAAAGAUAAUAACAGAGAAAAAGAUAAUAACAGAGAAAAAGAUAAUAAUAGAGAAAAAGAUAAUAACAGAGAAAAAGAUAAUAAUAGAGAAAAAGAUAAACAAGCAAACAAACAGAAAAAUAAAAAAAAUGAAAGACAAUACGAAAAAGAAAAAAAAAAUCAAAAAACUCCAGUUAAAGAAGAUGAAAUGAAAGAAAGUGAAGAUAAUUUAAAAAAUAUUGAUUUCGAAGAAGAUGUUAAAAAAAAAAAAAAAAGUUUAUAUUAUGAUUUGAUAGAAAUAAAUAAUAUAAUAAAAAGUGGAUAUAUAUCAGAUAUAAAUGAUAUAAAUCAUGUUAGUGAUUUUUUCAGCUCUUAUUUGUCUGAAUGUAACAGUAAAGAUAUUUCCGAAUAUGAGAUUUUAAGUGAUGAAAGAAAGGAAAAUGGGAAAUUAAUAAAAAAGGAAGAAAAAAAAAAAAUAAAUGAAAAAAAAGCAGAAAUAGAGAAAGAAGAGGAAGAAAAAGAAUUAACAAAAAGUGAAAAUGAAAUUGAAAAUGAUAUAGAGAAAAAAAAAAAAUACAUAAAAAAAUUUAAAAAAUUAUGUAAAAAACAAAAAAAAAAUAUUUAUAUUUCUUCUUCUAAAUGGAUUUUAAAAAAUAAGGGACAGAAAUUACAAAUGAUGCAAAAAAUUAUGAUAUAUUAUGAAGGGGAAAUAUUAAAAAGUUUCAAUUAUUUUAUAAAACCAAAAAUACUUUCUUUUGAAUUAUUGCCUUCCUUUAUAAAAAGAUUUGUGCUUAUAAUGAAAGACUAUAUAGAAGAUAAACAAGUUUCAUACAUUGAGAAAUUGUGUUUCUUAAUUAUUUUAGAUUUUUAUAAAACUCCACUUUGUUUAAUAUUUACACCAAAGGAAAUUCUUGUUACAUGUCUGCUAAAAGCAUUUAUUUCCAUCAAAUUAAUAUAUAAUCAAAUCAAUUUUGAAUCUUUAUGUUUUGAAGAUUUUGAAAAAAAAAUAAAUUCUUUCAUUUAUUCAAUAAGUUACGAAGAUCCUAUAAAUAUAAAUAGAGUAAAAAUAGCUUUAAGAGAAAUGAGGCAGAUAUAUCAUUAA